UUUGCUAUACGGGUAAACGUAAACAUUAAAUUCAAUUCUUUAAUUCUGUUUUGAUUAAAUAUUAUUCAAAAAAUAAAACAGAAGUGCUAGUAAGCAAACCUAGAAGACCUUUUAAAGGUGUUAUUCCAUAUUGCUUAGUAGGCGGCUAUCAUUUGGUUGAGAAAAAAUGACUGAAGAGUGGUGUUGCGAGAAAUUGCAGAGCCUAAAAAUAAGGGAAACGCGUCUGGACACCCUGUCUGAAAUCAGGGGUAGGCUUAAUGAAAUGCCCACCCUUGAGCUGCAGGUCACAAACCGCUUGUUAACUUCCCCCGAAAUCUAUGACUGUUUGGAGGACAACGAUGCUGCGGCAGCCGCAAGUGCUGACCCCAUGGAUUUGGUUAGCGAUAUCCUGUCCAUAUGCAUGUCCAACUUGUCUUUGAGACAAAGUGAUUUGCCGCGAUUGCUGCAAAGAGCCCUUCAGCACAAAAGAUCCCGCAUACGUGCAUUGGCCCUUAAUGCAAUUCUAAAGGAGUUGCAAAAUCAAAUUGGUGAUGAUGUUGGCGGAGAUGCUAUAUCCAAUGAUUUGCUACGACACAUUCUAAACGCCUUGCAAGAGCCCGAAACUUAUCUUGGUAGUCCAGCUAUGCAAAUACUCAGCAUGGUCUUGGAAGAUCAUUUGCAAGAGAAAUAUGUAACAGAUUCAUUGCUGCAAGCUCUUAAGAACUCAGAAGUGGUAAAAUGUCGAGUUUAUGAAUUGGCUGUAGGCCUAUCCAAACGUUCUGCUGCCAUUUUAGAAAAGGUGGACUUUAUAUUGGAUCAUGCCUUGUCUGAACUCGAUAAUGAUGACGUUCUAUUGCAAGUUAAUAUACUGGAAAUUCUGGUAUCACUUGCGGAACAGAAUCAUGGUUUGGUGUAUUUGGAAAAACGUCAGGUGUUCGAUGUCAUCAGCAAAAAGGUGGAGGAGAUGGAUCAAAAUCCUUUGGAUCGACUAUUGGUGCCGGGCAUAAUGAAAUUCUUUGGGAAAAUCUCCUCUGUACAGCCACAGAAAAUCAUAACAGGUUACCCACGUAUGAUACAAUGCCUAUUUGAUUGCUUGCACUCGGGGGAUACAUCUAUUUUGCCAGCUGCAUUUGAUACCUUAGCCAAUUUGUGUAGAACCCAAGAAGCUGUGAUUUUACUGGAAGAACACUACAGUUCUGAUGUAAAAGAAAGUCUGGAAGAUUAUUCAUCGUAUUUGAGAAAUUUACCCUCCGAACUCAAAAAUAGAGCAUUUAGUAGUUUGGAAGCUGUGUUCUACUUCAAGCCUACGAUUUCAGCCCAAGUGAGCGGUAUUUUACAAAAGUGGUUUGGCUAUUUGAACGGUGGCUCAAAUAACAUGCAGUUUCUCAUGGAUUUUUGUCGCAAUCCUUUUCCUGAUAUAAAAAUUUCCACCUUGAAUUUAAUCGGUUCAAUUUUUCUUUAUCCCUGGGCAAUUGAAGCGCUUAAAAACACUGCCGGAUUUUUAGAAUAUCUAUUGGAUCGUAAAAUUGAAUUCGACAAGGAAGCAAAAUAUGCCAAGUAUUGUGUCAUAAAAUUAUUGGCCGAAAGCAGUGCUUUUGACCCUGAGACAAACAACCAAUUGAGGACUUAUGUCAAUGAGGGGCCAUAUUUUAUGCAAUCCAUAAUGGAUGUUGCUGUGGAGGGAAAUUAAAGUAAAUAACUGUAUAAACAAACCAUGGGAUGGUUAUUAUUACGUAUGUAUAUCGUUUUGUAUAAUUUCAUAGCAGUUUAAUAAAAAAUGAAAACCAAA